UGAAAGUCAAAUAGCGUUUGCAGGUUAAUAAGACAAAACAAGACUGUCUUCAGGAAAGCUAACAAAGCCAGCAUUACCAAACAAUUGCUUCUUGACAGGUGUCAAGGGCCUUUUUUAAUUGAAAUAUUUUUGCGUAAAACAACACACAAAGUCUUCUGGUUUUAAUAAUAGUAUUGUGACUCACAACACUUCUGCGUGAUGCGCUCUUUAAUUGUCAUUAGACUCCUUCAUUCAUUAGUGAUCUAUCGAACGGGAAUGGCAGUCAAGUCAAAUAAGAACCCGUGACAUCAAAACCAAGUAACCCUUCAUACAAUGGCUAAUGAAUAUGUUUAUUGAUUUAUUUACCCAAGAGAGACAGAUCUUUCGCCGAGAAAACGGUUUUAAUCCAAAACACACUGCAAGAUGUUGCCAUCAAGUAAAUGGAAAAAUAUUCGGAGAAAAUUCACUGUGGACAAAAGUACUUCUCUUGAUAGCUGGUCGUUAUCAACUAAUCUAGAACCAGAAUUAUGUAUCCGCCUUCUUAAAACUCCGUCUAUACAGAACUUUUCUGGGUUAAAAACUAAGCUGAAGACGAGCUCAAAAGAGUGGAUAGAGGGCUUUUUGAGUUUCGGUGGAUUUGAGGUUUUAUUUGAAGGGCUAGUAAGACUCAGCGGCAGACGACUAUCGUUUGUUGAUGCGUUUUUACAGCUCGAAUGUGUGAACUGCAUCAAAGAGGUGAUGAACUCAAAGGCAGGGCUAGACUACAUGAUUCAUGAUAAACAAUUUUCUAGACAUCUAGUCAAAGCUUUGGACACUAAUAAUACAAUGAUCAAAAAACAAGUGUUUGAGCUCCUGUCUGCGUUGUGUCUGUAUUCGGAGCAAGGCUACAAGCUAGCAAUAGAUGCAUUAGAAAAUUACAAAGUUACAAAGGGACAGAGAUACAGAUUUAGCUUGAUUAUCAACGAGCUUAAAGAUGCUGAGGUUAUACCUUACAGCACCGCUUGUCUUGCGUUUAUAAACGUAAUUUUAAUUUCUACAGACGAUUUUGACCAGCGUGUGCGGUUACGCAACGAGUUUAUUGGUCUUGGCCUACUAGAAAUAUUAACUCAACUAAGGCGAGAUGAAGACCUCGAUGAUGAUCUCUUGGUUCAACUCGACGUUUUCGAGGAAAGUAGACUUGAUGAUGAUGAUGAACAGCUGACCCCAGAAGGCGUCGACUUGACAAGCCACCUAGACGUGUUUCAUGCUGUAUUUAAGAGGGUAAGUAACAAACCCCAAGCUGUGAACUUACUAAACGUUCUUCAAAGCCUGUUGGUCAUCGAGGAUGAUUCGCCUGUUGGUGAUCUUAUGUGGGAUGUCAUUGAAAAGCUCGUCAGACGUGCUGUUCAUAUAGAAACUCCUUCUCAAGCAGAAGCCGUCGUCGAGGCAGGGGAAGAACACAUCGCAAACGUAACACCAUCGCCUCCUGAAUCACAAGAUACGAAGGAAGACAUUGUUGUUUGUAACGGGAAUGCUUUGCCGGCUGUGAACGAGGAACAAUCAUCGAACUCUACGACUUUAACAGCGAUACCAGAAAACAAACAAAUUACGUGUAAUGGUCUUCCUUCCUUGUCUACGGAAGACCAGCAAAUGUGUUCCACUACAUCUCCUCCUCCCCCGCCACCGCCACCUCCACCUCUUCCAGGUGGUGCUGCUGACAUUCCUGAUCCUCUGCGACUCCCUGGUGUACCUGCUGUCCCUCCUCCACCACCACUUCCUGGCAUGGGAGGUAUCCCUCCACCGCCACCAUUACCUGGAAUGGGAGGUGUCCCUCCUCCACCACCUCUUCCUGGAAUGGGAGGUGUUCCUCCUCCACCACCGCUUCCUGGAAUGGGAGGUGUCCCUCCUCCACCACCUCUUCCUGGAAUGGGAGGUGUUCCUCCUCCACCACCGCUUCCUGGAAUGGGAGGUGUCCCUCCUCCACCACCUCUUCCUGGAAUGGGAGGGGUUCCACCACCCCCACCGGUGCCUGGAAUGGGAGGAGUUCCACCACCACCUGGCAUUCCCGGAGUGCCACCUCCGCCACCAUUUGGGGGACUUAUGUCAGCGCCACCAGGUGCAGGAUUCACCGCAACAGACGGGAGAUCAUUCGCAAGAUCACAAAGUUGUCCCGUGGUUCCAAAUCAUAGACCCAGUACUAAAAUGAGGACUUUGGCCUGGCAAAAAUUACCGGCACAAAUAAUUCAAAGACAAAGGAAUUCUGUUUGGGCCAGGGUUUUGUCCUUGGAGGAGGUACAGCCGGAUUUUCAGAUGGAGGAAGAACUCUUUUGUCAGAAGAAGGUGGUAAAGAAAAAAGAAGAGAAGAAAAAGGCACCUAAAGAGAUAACAUUGCUGGAUCCUAAACGAAGCUUAAACCUAAAUAUCUUUUUGAAACAGUUUAAAAAAUCAAAUAGUGAAAUWAUUGAAUUUAUUCGACAAGGAAACGUCACGAAACUUGAACCCGACGUGCUCAAAAGUUUUAUCAAACUCCUGCCUGAMAACUCGGAGGAAGAACUUAUCAAAUCUUUYUCAGGGGACAAAACUAAAUUGGGGUCCGCAGAGCAAUUCUUGAUGGAGUUAAUAUCAGUCGAAAGAUAUCAUCUUCGYCUAGAAGCAAUGUURCAGAAAGCAGAGUUUAAAAUUAACCUGGAUUCUUUGAAGCCCAAUAUUACGUGCCUUCAAUCCGCCAUCAAGGAYAUUCUCGAGAGCGAUAUUUUACCUGAAGUUCUUCAACUUAUUCUCAUCAUCGGGAACUUUAUGAAUUCUGGUGGUUACGCUGGAAAUGCUACAGGUAUCAAAAUCUCGUCKCUCGUCAAACUUGUCGAUACAAGAGCAAACAAACCAAGAAUGAACCUUAUGCAUUUCCUUGUWCAUGUUGCAGAGGAAAAACGGGAAGGAGUGCUACAGUUUCCAGAUCAAAUGAAACAUUUGGAGAAAGCAACAAGAUUAUCGCUCGAUUUUAUUACUGGAGAAGUUGGUACGUUGAAAAAGAAUAUAGUAUCAUUAAAAAAGCAGCUCAAGAAGGCUCCAAAAGAUAUCCGAGAACAGUAUUGUGCGUUUGUAGAGGAUGCUUUAAAAGAUAUUGAKGUUCUYGAAGAAGGAGUAGACGAGAUCAACGUGUUGAUCAAAAAGCUCGCUGUUUACUUUUGUGAAGACGAAAAGAAGCUCAAAAUUCAAGAAGUUCUUUGCUUGUUUAGAACGUUCUGUGACCAAUUAACAACCGCAAAAAAGGAAAACGAACAGUUUCGAAUCCAAGAGAAAAAGAGACAAGAAAGGGAACGAAGAAAGAAGGAAGAAGAAGCAAAACGUGCUGCAAAUCCUCACAAAGUCAAAGGCAAGAUACCCGAGCCACAGGACGAUGGUGGCUGCAUCGUAGAUAAACUGUUAAGCGAAAUCCGUGGUGGUUUUCAACUGCGAAAAACGCAYUCUGGCAGUGCCGCAGGGAGAAGAARAUCGCACCUACCAACUUGUGAAGUCAAAACUGAAGAACACAGUGCAGUCAUUACACAAGUAMCCGAGAAAGGAUCAAGCAAAGAAGAACCUGGGCAAGAAUCGCAAGGAGAAUACAGACUGAAUCUGAAAUAUCCACAUAAUGUUCCCAAAGAAAGUGGUUUCAUGGUUGAAAAUUGUGAGAACAACUCGCAAAUCGCUAWUAAAGAAGAAACUCAGAAUGAUGAACUUAAAGUAAACGAGGUGAAUGAACAACUAAAUAACGUCACCCAGAAAGAAAAUGMAAUCACAACACAAAACACUAACGAAYCUUCCACAAAAGAUGUCGAAAAUGAAAUGAAAAUCCGGAAAGAAUUGGAAAUUGUUUACCGCAAAUCGGAUGACUUCAUCCCUGACCAUGAUCCUUUGCAGGGUUUAGAAGAGUURGAURAUCUUGAAGUURAAACAAAUCAAUCCGUUCCUACUGUAUCUGUCAAUCAAGAAGUCGAUUUAAAUCGUGAAAUAUCAUCUGAGAASGAAGAAACAAUAAAUGAAAAUGUUACCCUGAAAGAUAAAAAACAGUCUCGGAGCUGUGAAGAGCUCGUCGAAGAAUCCGUUCCAGUACUUCAGAGCAAACAAGAAGAUUCUUUCGAUUCUACCGGAAAUCAACAUGAAACGGAGACAAACGACGCCAGCGUUUUAUAUCACGAAGAACUGAAUCCCAGUGAACUCAAUGCAGAACAGUAUCAUGACCUUUUGGCAAACAAAGAUAUCCAACAAGAAACAAUGGCUAGCCAGGAUGUUACUUCUCCAAAUCCAUCUCUUCACGAUAUUUCCACUAGUAAACACAAUGCUCCAUCUGAUCAUAAUUUAUCAAAUCAAAAAUCCACAAUGGAAGACUUAAACGAAGCCGGAUUUUCUCACGAAAAGAGCUCGUCUCACCCGCAAAAUGUUCUCCAUGCACAAAAGAACGACAAUGAUAUUCAUGCUUCCAUAAAAGAGGAAUUAUCACUUCCACCAAAAGAAAAUGAUAUAAAAACGGAAUCMAUACCAGAAAGUGACAGCCAACAGGAAAAACCCGCUUUGGUAAAAGCUAGGUGGAGCUACCAGGAAAGACCCACCACUCCUACUGAAGUCGUUCGUAUAGAAGAGAGCUCUGGGGCUGAGAAACACCAAGUAAAAGCUAAGUUGAACGAACAACCAAUCGCAUCAACGCAGAUCGUCCGUGUCGAGAAAGGCUACCAGGARCGACCCACCACAACAACGCAGGUCGUCCGGGUCGAGRAAGGGUUCCAGGAGCGACCCACCACACCCACYGAGGUUGUCCGCAUCGAGGAAGUCUCUGGGGCUGAGAAACACCAAGUUGAAGUUGUUCAUCCAGAAACAUGGGACUCGCAAGAAAUGUUGGAGGAGGAGAAAGAAGAGCMUAGAGGACGAGCUAAAGUCAAGAAAAGCAAAUCGUUUAUACACAACAUAUCACGACUCUUACACGGAAAAAAAGGGAARAAAGGAAAGGAUGAAAAYGGUUCUCCUCAUUCAGUGAAUCCCACAGAUUUACACAAASAAACUAAUGAGAAUAUUCCUAAAAAGAGGAAAAGCUUAUUCUCAAGGAAAAAGACUAAAACAGCAUAAAUAAAAUUGAUGAAAUACAGCAGAAAUACUGUAAAUGAAUAAGUUAAAUUAUAAUGCAAAACACUAGUUUUUCUAAAAAUUKGAUACUAAAACAUUUUUAUAGUUGAAGAGCCAGGUAACUGGMGUCUUAAAAAAUGUACGUAAAUAUAUAGAUCUUUCUUGAUCUAUUCAUAAAUGAUUGACAGUGUAUCACUGUUUACACAGGGYGGGGUCCAUGUAGAGGGAUAAACAAGGGCGUGRGAUUGCA